UUUGAAUCUUAGAUCAAAUCUCGUUAUCUUUAGUGGUAUGUAUGUAUGUAGUAUAGGGUUUUACGGCGCUCGCAACUGCUAAUGUCAUAUGAGCGCGCGAAACACAAGUUGUUCACCUUCGCAAUCUUUAGUGUUGGAAAUAGUUGUUUAAAAGUGGAUAUCUGGUGAAGAAUAACACAACUAAGACUGGAAGAAAGCUGCAAAAGUGAAAUGUGUUUGUGAACGAACAAGAUUUUGUAUAUAUUGCCGGAUGUAUACAGAUUAUAGAGCCGUUCCGAAUGUCUCAAAAGCAUUUUUUGUCCCUUAAUUCUUUUUUUUUUAAAUUUAAUCUAUGCAUGCGCAGAAAUUGACAAAUAAUGUUUUCUGUUAAAAAGGGUACCAUUUUGGAGAAACAAAAAAAUUCAUUAUUUUUGUUGGACAUUCACACAAUCUUAUAAAAUGUUUGUAUUAUUGCGAUAUACACCUUUGGGAUUUCUUUUAAGAGGUUCUACAUUGGCCUUGACGCCCUGUACAGGGUUUCUAACAAUCCAUUUUUUUAAAAAUAAACCAAAUCUUUUUAUCCCCAGGCAGGAAAAUUCCAAAAAACAUUUACAGUUGAAGGAAAAGCGUAACUCAAAGACAUUACGCCAAAAUGAAAAUGUUAAUUUCGUUGUCAUCUUUGCUACUGGUUUUCUCAGUUUUGGAGAGGUCAAGGGGUCAGCGAUUCCCGGCCAACAGCUCCGUGAACCUGACGGCUGACCCCGAGAGCUGGAAGAUGAUCCCUGGAGAGGACAGUGACACGCCCCUCGUGUUGAACUGUAAAUACACAGGUACCAGAGAGGUUCUGUCUAUCGCGAUCUUUCACAUGACACGUCCGAGGACCAUGGUAGCACGGGCGAGGAACUCCGACGGUGAGCUCGACAUCUCUAAGGCCGAUGACGUCACUAUUGCAGACGGUUCCCUUGAGGGAGAUGACGAAAACGCGUAUCUCAAUGUGGUCUUUGAGAACCCGGGCCUGGACCAGGACGGGACGUACGCAUGCGUAGUGCGCACCUCCCGUGUGGUGGGCCAGUGGCCGAUUGUGGGCUACGUCACCGUGGAGGUGAGCCAGGUGGGAUUGGAGGAGAUGCUCGGGGGAUUCCAGGUGCUACAGGAGGAAAUCGCAGAGCUCAGGGCGGAGUUGUUCCGGCCGACGUGUAUGGUCAACAAACAGGUAAAUGUUCAGACAGGUUCAGACAAACAGGUAUAUGCUCAAACCACACUGUAUGGUCAACACACAGCGACCCUCAAUGCAGCCAACGAAACCGAAUGGACCAACCGGAAGAGCCAAACAAAGGCGACCAUCUUAGACUGGUUCCCCGGCCAACCAGACAGCGCGACAGACGUGAAGGGCUGUGUGGGGAUUUCCCUCGACACUGACACCGACUCGGACCCCAAGAUGUGGAAUGUUCCUUGCAACUACGUCUCUGACAGCAACAAAUACUGGGCGCACAGCUUCCUGUGCGAGGUUCCCAACCGCUUAAAUAUCUACGCACUCAAUGCCUGCUUCAGGAAGCCCCCUGCCCAAGAAACUAACCCCCUCUGGAGGUAAAUCGCCGGGGCCGUAAGAGAUCAGCCCUAGUGGAUGAUGGGCGUUCCCUUUUCCCUGAACCACCGAGCCACUGUUUGAAGCCAUGACGACAUGAGGAUAUUUCUGGCAAUUUAGUUAUUAUCAUUUCGACAUUUUGUUCUUUUGCUUAGGAUUCUCGGGUUAUAAUAUACCUAUUAUGUUGACUAAGAACAGAUUUGACCGUAUGUAAUCUGAAAUCGUAGGAAGUUUUAGGAAGUAAUUAAACUUACGAUUUUUAUUUUUUUUUAGUUUGUAUGUUUCAGUUUCAGUACAAAGUUUAGAAGGAUGAUGACAUGGUUUGAAUUACAGUAACAGUGGGUUUUUUAAAUUAAAUGCUCACUCACUCA